AUGUUCACCAAGAUCUUGUCCACCAAAAUGUUCCGUGCGACACGAUGUUUACGAGUUCCACUCAGAAACUCCCACAUCAAUAUUCUCCGUCCAACACAGACAGAGCUGAUUAAAACGAGAUCAUCUGCUUUGGCACCAUAUGAGAAAGUUAGCCCGAUUACUGCUGUCGGAGCCACUCCAGUCAGAGAUGCAAAUGGCAAUUUCUGCACGAAGACGAGACAAAAGCAUCCACUCAUCAGCACAAGAAAUGACUUGAAAAAAGCACAACGAGUUGUGGUGAAACUUGGAAGCGCAGUGAUCACACGUGAAGACGAGUGUGGUCUAGCACUCGGACGAUUGGCUUCAAUUGUGGAACAGGUUUCUGAACUCCAACAAUCCGGACGUCAGAUGCUGAUUGUGUCAUCUGGAGCCGUCGCUUUCGGAAGACAAAAACUCCGUCAGGAAUUGGUUAUGAGCAUGAGCAUGCGUCAAACUCUCAGAGGACCAUCUGGAAUGGCUGCUGAUAAGAGAGCCUGCGCUGCAUCUGGAAUGCCGGGACUCAUGUCUCUCUAUGAGCAACUCUUCCAGCAGUACGGAAUCACUGUUGCUCAAGUUCUCCUCACCAAGCCAGAUAUCGACGACGACCAACGACGAAAGAACCUUCAGGCAACUAUUGAAAGCCUUCUUUCUUUGAACAUCAUUCCAAUUGUCAAUGCCAACGACGCAGUUGCUCCAGACCCAAAAUUGAAUAUGCACAUCUCUGACAAUGAUUCAUUGGCUGCAAGACUCUCUGCGGAAAUUGAAGCAGAGCUUUUGAUUAUUCUGUCAAAUGUCAAUGGAGUUUACACAGGACCACCAGAUCUUGAGGGUUCUAGACUACUUCACACUUAUGUUCCAUCUGAGAAUUCCGGUGUCACUUUCGGAGCCAACAGCAAAUUCGGAACCGGAGGAAUGGAAAGCAAGGUCACUGCGUGUGUGACUGCUCUUCAGAACGGAGUCACCACAGUCAUUACCAAUGGACUUGCUCAGGACGCUAUCACUGAUGCAGUUGCCGGAAAGAAAAUCGGAACCAUGUUCUGUAAUACCAAGGGAUACGAAGGACCACCAAUUGAGGAAGUUGCUGAGAAGUGCCGUGAUGCUGGACGCCAACUCGCUGCUCUCUCAAACAAAGAACGUGGAGCUAUGGUUCGCCACUUGGCAGCCUUAUUGGUAGACAAGGAGAAAUACAUCAUCGAGGCUAAUAAGACAGAUCUUGCCAACGCAAAAUCGUCCGGUCUCGAUCCACAACUUUUGAACAGAUUGAAGAUGACUCCAGAGAAAAUUCAAGAUUUGCAUGCUGGUCUUAACACUAUUGCUGACUCCGCAGAGACACUUGUUGGAAGAGUUCUGAAGAAAGUAAAAGUUGCGGAAGGACUGUUCUUGGAACAAGUCACUGUUCCAAUCGGAAGUCUAAUGGUCAUUUUCGAGUCCCGUCCAGAUUGUCUCCCUCAAGUUGCUUCUCUUGCAAUGGCUUCCGGAAAUGCACUUUUGCUCAAGGGAGGAAAAGAAGCCGAGGAAAGUAACAAGGCGUUGCACGCUCUCGUUCAAGAAGCACUCGGAACUCAUGGAUUUGAAAUGAGAGAUGCUGUUACAUUGGUCAGAUCAAGAGAAGAUGUGGCAGAUUUGCUUCAGCUCAAGGAUCUCAUCGACUUGGUCAUUCCAAGAGGGUCUUCUGAUUUGGUGCGUUCUAUGCAAGAGAAGAGUAAGGGAAUUCCGGUAUUGGGACAUGCCGAGGGAGUCUGCCACGUCUACAUUGACAAAGAUUGUGAUGAACAAAAAGCAAUUCAAAUCGUUCGCGACUCUAAAUGCGACUACCCAUCGGCUUGCAAUGCUGCUGAGACUAUUUUGAUUCACAAGGACUUGGCAACUGCGCCAUUCUUUGAUGCAUUGUGCAGCAUGUUCAAAUCAGAGGGAGUCAAACUUCAUGCGGGACCAAAACUUGCGUCUCUCCUGAAAUUUGCUCCACCACCAGCGGAGAGCAUGUCAUUCGAGUACGGCUCAUUGGAAUGCACACUGGAGGUUGUUGACAAUGUCGAAGAAGCCGUCGCUCACAUCAUUCGCUAUGGAUCAGGACAUACCGAGUCUAUUAUCACAGAGAAUACCAACACUGCUGAGCACUUCUUGAAGCACGUAGACAGUGCCUGUGCAUUCCACAACGCCUCAACCAGAUUCGCAGAUGGAUACCGAUUUGGACUUGGGGCAGAGGUCGGUAUCUCAACUGGAAGAAUCCAUGCACGUGGACCAGUCGGAGUGGAGGGACUAUUGACCACUAAAUGGUUGUUGAGAGGAGAAGGACACAUGGUUGAAGACUUCAAGAACGGAAAGUACACGUACCUCCAUGAGAACCUCAACCCAACCGAAGUGUUCAGAGCUUUGGAAGCCACAGGAGAAUUGAAAAAGGCUACUGCUUAA